UUAACACGCACAAGGCGAUCUCUUCAGAGACUGUGAACUUUAUGCAUCUUACACUCUCUCGCUCUGUUUUUUUUUUGUUCUCUCUGCCGCCACUUUUCUCAUUCUAUAUCUCCCGCAAAGAGCCACCUUCGUUUUUAGAUAUGCAUUUUCUCGAAAAAAUGUUUUGAAUGAAAAAAAACAGCCGCUCAAAAGAUCACUGCAGCACACGAGAGGAAAGAUGCUGGCGCAAAAUCUGUCGACCGCUGGUAUAGUCAGUGCCUCUUGAUCUUGAGCCGCAGCCGCAAUGUGUUGAGCAGAUCUCGCACAGAUGCUAUCAUCGGUCUCUGCUGGGAUCGUUUAUCGUUUGAGAUUUUGAAGUGAAAAUAAGUGAUUAAUUGAACGGAAUAUAAGGCAACGAUUGUGCUUACGAGCACGGUCAAUCACGGCUAAAUUAUGAUGCUGAGAUAUCCCGUUAGGCGGGCAGUGUGAAGACAUUUAUCUAUUCCAACUCUUCGCGGGAAGGAUUUUACGGUUACACGGCAAGGGAAUGUGUGCGCGUCCCGUCUAAAUAUACCGGUUUUAUUUUCUUCUAAAGCACCGUUUUAAGCGACAUCCACGGACGGCACUCAGCGGUGGUGUGACACUUAUCGGAAGUCGAUAAUCAACAAAGAAAAAAAAAAACGCAGACCAAGUGAUACUAGUCGUAGUGCCAAAAUUGUAAAUGCGACUGUGUAGAGAUAAGCUAUCGCUAUCUAUCUGCGUGACAUUGAAUGCGAACUAUUCCGAAGGGCUAUGCGCUGACAAUCCUGUUCGUAGUAAUCCUUGCCAGAAGGCGGGCGCCCAAAAACUAGUAUUUUCUUCGGUCUCCAGGGCGCCGCGACUUUGAUCAAGUCACUUUCGUCACGCGGGAAUCACCGAGCAAGCCAUGGAAAACACGGGAGCAUUGAGCUGUCAUCGGUGCGUGCGGUGAUCGUUGCUGGAGAUCUAACAUGAUACUGCGCAUCGAUCAGCGAAUAGCCUCGGUGUCGCUUCCAGCAGCUCUAGCAUCUUCCGCACUGCCGUUUGGACGCUGGAAUCUUCUGCUAGUCGACAACAAAUGGAACUACUACUGCCUGUUGGUGCGCCCGUUGAAGACCUUUUACCGCAAGGAGAUUAUCCGGAUCCGAUCCGAUCCAUCCAACGGAGGUGCUCUCGGUGGUCCCGAACCGAUCGGAUCGAUGAAGCGAGGAUUUUAUUCAUUGCCUAGUUUUGGAUUAGUGAGUUACUAAUAAGUGUAGUGUGGCAGUGAACUAGAGUGAAAGUGCGAUCUUACGGUUAAGCUGAAAUUUAGAAGACUUAUUAGAAUUAUGUCACAGCGGAAGAAGAUUCUGUACGGACUGUUCGGGAUCAUCAUUGGACUGUGCGUCGGGGCUCUCUUCCGAAACUAUCGAACGCUCGAGAUCGUCAGCAUGUGUAGCUCAAUGAACAGUAUAAAACAAAAGUCCGCUCUCGAAAUAAUCGGUCUGCAUCCGUCGGAGACACCGGAAAAUUCGCAGCACAAUCUCGUGUUCGUGGGUGUGAUGACGGCAAAAGAUUUCCUGCCAAGCCGCGCCAAGGCCGUGUACGAAACCUGGGGCAAGAACAUCCCGGGAAGAAUUGCUUUCUUCAGUUCGGAAGAAUCAUUUGCGAGUUAUCUACCCCUGGUGGCACUGAAAGGUGUUGACGAUCGCUACCCACCGCAGAAGAAAAGCUUCAUGAUGCUUCACUAUAUGUACGAACAUUAUAUCGAUAAGUUUGAGUGGUUCGCUCGGGCGGACGACGAUGUGUUCAUUCGGACGGACAAACUGGAGCAGUUUCUACGAUCAAUCGACAGCUCCAAGCCCCAGUUCAUCGGUCAAGCUGGCCGUGGAAACAGUGAAGAGUUUGGUCUGCUUUCGCUGGAGUUUGACGAAAACUUUUGCAUGGGCGGACCCGGAGUUAUAAUGAGCCGCGAGACGUUACGGAGGGUGGCUCCCCAUAUUCCUACAUGCCUGAAGAACCUCUACAGUACCCACGAAGACGUCGAAGUUGGACGUUGUGUUCAAAAGUUUGCAGGUAUUCCGUGCACCUGGAACUACGAAGUAAGUUUGUUGAUGUUGAUGUCACGAAAAGAAAUAAAACGUUUCAUUCACCUUCCACAGAUGCAAUCCAUUCUUCAUCACAACUCCAGCGGGAGCCGUGCGUUUUCCGGUAACCUCAAAAACAAAGAAGUCCACAGUGCCAUCACGCUGCAUCCGGUCAAGAAACCUGCCUUCAUGUACCGCCUGCACGCGUAUACCCUAGGACAGAAGGCGCAGGAACUGCGCCAACAGUCGCUCCUGCUGCACCGGGACAUUGCCCAAAUGACCACUUUGCUACAGAUUCCAAAAAUCAACAAAAACCUCGCACCAGGUGUUCCGAUUUUCCCAUCGGAUGAAACCAGCGCAGACUAUCUGGGCGAUCACAACGUUUUAGGAUUGAUGCCAGAUCUGAACCGGCACCGGCCGUCACAUUUGCCCGAGGUCAUCGAGUGGGACUUCAUUGCCAAGAGCCUCUACUCGGGAAUGCAUCCGAAUCCAAAGCGGAAGAUUGAAUCAUCGCUCAAGGAGGGCUUGAACGAUGUUGUCCGAGAGAUUAUGGAACAUAUCAACAACUUCUCACGACAACGAGGUCGAGUGAUCGAGUUCCGUGAGCUACUCUACGGCUAUAUGCGAGUCAACAGUUUGUACGGUCAGGAUCUGAUAUUGGACCUGCUUUUAGUGUACAAAAAAUACCGAGGCAAGAAGAUGACCGUCCCCGUACGGAGGCAUCUAUACAUUCAGCGCUCCUUCACCGAUAUUCGAAUCCGAGAGAUCACCGGAGGAGUUGCACCGGCGUACGCGGUUACGUUAGAUAACCGGUUAGCGGGGGAUGUCACAAAACCGUGGAAUAAUUCAACGAGUUUAGAUCGAAUGCGGUCGAUUCUGAACAGUGGCUGGGAGAAACUAUCCGAUACCUUUGCCAUUAGUAGUCCGCAGAUGAUGGAGGCUGCUCCGCCCAAGGAUCGAAUUGUAUUCAUCAUUCCGCUCGCUGGUCGAUCGGAAACGUUCAUACGUUUCUUGCGCAACUUCGAAGAGGUUGCCCUCAAGCAGGACCGUCGAACGGAUCUUCUCGUUUCGAUGUACGUCGACCAAUCGGAAUCGUCAAUGAUAGCGGGUCUACUGGACCAACUACGCGUACGAUACCCCCUGAAUAGGAUCAAUUACUUGCAGCUGUACGGAAAUUUCUCCCGUGGAGUUGCCCUAGAUCGUGCCAUCAAAAGUCCGUUCUGCAAGCUUGAUGACAUUCUAUUUUUCAUCGAUGUCGACAUGGUUUACACCCUACAAACACUGGAACGGAUACGGGCCAACGUGAUACGUAACAGACAGAUUUAUCUACCAAUCGUGUUCAGCGAGUACGACCCGCAUCCGGAAGUACUCGGUAGAACGUUGGCGAUUGAAGAAACCCGACCGAUCACGACGGAGCAUUCAAAUCAAAGCUCUGGUAGUCGCAACUUCUCAAUACCAUAUCCCGUGACCAACACGGAUGGUUAUUUCCGGCAGUUCGGGUACGGCUUAGCCGGCAUCUACAAAUCCGAUAUCCUUAGGCCAGAUCUCGGUGGUUUCAACACCGACAUCAACGGUUGGGGAUUGGAGGAUGUUAAAUUUCUGGAAAACAUAAUCGCUGCCAAUCUGAAGGGUAGCCUGCGGUUACUGGACGUAGCCGACGGUAAAGUCGAUCCGUUUAAGGAUCCACAUCAGGGUCAGCAGCUCCAACAGGAGCUGGCCGUGUUUCGUGCACCGGAUCCGUCCCUGGUGCACAUUUUUCAUCCCAUCAAUUGUGAUAAAAACCUUAAGGAGGCCCAGUACAAAAUGUGCCUCGGAACGAAAGCUAAUACUCUGGGCAGCUUCCGGACGCUGGAGCAACGCUUCCUCCACGAUCGGGAGCUGCUGCACUACGGAAGAAGCGGUCCGGGUAGUCGAUAGUGGAAACACAUGGUACAUGGUUUCCUCGGUGAACUGAGCGUGUCUAUGUAAGAUAUUAGAAACAAUUAAAUUUCACUUUAUGAUAGAAA